AUGCUCGCAUCUACCAGCAGCGCUGCUGCUACUGCUGCUAUUACUACUCACACGAACACGAACGCUUCUUGCGCUCGGCGGCGGAAUUUUUCCUCCGAUGUGCAACACCAUCAACGUAAGAGAAACACGAACAAUUCAGAAUUCAGAAGACAAAGAAGACAAAAAAGAAGAAAUAACGGGGACAGCACUCUUUUCGUGACACGUGCGGAAAGUGGCGGUUUUGGCGAUGGUAUCACCAACAAUGGAUUGACUCGAGAAAUCAGCGAAGAUGUCGAUACCGUGUUGUUAGAUUGCGAUGGGGUCAUAUGGCACGGAGACGCUUUAGUUCCCGGGGCGAAAAAAGCCGUGGACUAUUUACGAGAAACGCUGCAAAAGCGCGUGUUUUUUGUCACGAACAACGCGACGAAAACGAGAGAGUAUUACCAGUGGAAGUUUUCCGAGCUCGGGAUGGAGGUGGAUGUGAACCACAUAUAUACCGCGGCGUUUGCGUCGGCGUCGUAUUUAUCCGCCAUCGGAUUUAACAAUACUCACGGUAGUACUACUACUAAAGAUGGAUCGUCGUCAUCAAAUAAGAAGAUAUACGUGGUUGGUGAGCAAGGGUUAGUGAGAGAGUUGGAGGAGUGCGACGUCGGCGAUAUCGUCGGGGGCGUAUACGAAGCAGUCUCGUGUACUUCGAGCGAUUGGGAGGAGAUGCACGAGUGGACGGGAGGUGACGCCGAAAACGACCACGACGACGAUUCUCGAGUAGACGCGGUUGUCGUUGGUCAAGACACGUCGUUUACGUUCGCAAAGUUAGCGUACGCCUCGUAUUUGAUACAAAAAGGCGCAAAGUUCAUCGCCACGAACCCAGACGCCGGGGAUAGGUUAGGGAAAGAGAAAUUAUUGAUGCCCGGAGCGGGGCCUAUAGUGAAAGCGAUUGAAACCGCGUCUGGGAGAGCACCGGAUGUGAUUUGCGGAAAACCAGGAAAGUACAUGUUUGACGCGAUAAUGUCGCACUCGCACGGCGACCCGCAGAGGACGAUGGUCAUCGGCGAUAGAAUGGACACGGACGUGAAAUUCGGGAAAGAUAACGGCGCGAGAUAUUCCGUCUUAGUCCUCACCGGCGCGAACAAAAUGAAAGACGUGGAAGAGAACGAAGACGAAUCGAAGCAACCAUCGUUCGUGGUUGGUUCUUUAGCGGAAGCGUGCGGAAUACCAUUCGAUCCAAACGAACCGACGCAGCGCGUCGGCGAAAGAGCGAACAUGGCGAAGAAUUACCCCGUCGGCGACGGUACCGUCCACGAUUUGUGGGCCAGCGGAGACGACGACAUGGACGACGACGACGACGACUACGACGACGACGACUUUAUUCCAGCCACGUGA